AGUUCCGUAAGGCCGGAGCGGCAACUAUAGAGAGUGACCGACCUCCUCUCAGCCUCUGCUUUCGGGCAACAAUGGCGGCAGCGUCCUUUAGCCGAAGCGUUAACCCUAUACCACACUACAUCGUCUCCGAGAGAGCUGAGUUAAGGCAGUCCGGGUUACCCAGCUCGACUAGGCCGUUGCCUUUUUCGAGGAUGAAGAUACCCAUCCGAUCGGAACUCAGUGACGGGAGAGACGGUGGUAUCUACAGCGUGAGAAGCUACGAAGUGAUGCAGGCUCGAGAUAGCUAUUCCUCCUCGCCUUCCUUAAUGGUUUCGUCGCAGGCGGUGCCGUCUAUUGAGUUACGUCCCAAACGGUCGAAGAAGAACGUUUGUCUCUUUUUCUGCGAAGAGAUGAGGAACCUAGCGGAGCUUAUCGCCAUGGAGAGCGAUGCAAUCGAGCUAAGGAGCAUCGAUUGGAGAAAUUUUGAAGAUGGAUUUCCCAACUUAUUCAUCUCUAACGCUCAUGGAAUUCGUGGACAACAUGUUUCCUUUUUGGCCUCAUUUAGUUCUCCUGGGGUAAUUUUUGAGCAGUUGUCUAUCAUCUAUGCCCUACCAAGGUUGUUUGUCUCCUCAUUUACAGUAGUCCUUCCUUUCUUUCCUACGGGUUCUUUUGAGCGUAUGGAAGAUGAAGGAGAUGUAGCAACAGCUUUCACUCUUGCUAGAAUCUUGUCAAACAUACCAAUUUCUAGGGGUGGACCGAGUAGUUUAGUGAUUUUUGAUAUCCAUGCUUUGCAGGAAAGGUUCUACUUUGGGGAUAAUGUACUGCCAUGCUUUGAGAGCGGGAUGCCUUUGCUUAAGAACAGACUUCAGCAGCUUCCAGAUUCUGACAAUAUAUCUAUUGCUUUUCCUGACGAUGGCUCAUGGAAGCGAUUUCAUAAACAACUUCAGCAUUUCCCAGUGAUUGUCUGUACCAAAGUUAGGGAAGGUGACCAACGAUUUGUACGGUUGAAAGAGGGAGACCCUAGAGGUCGCCAUGUUGUUAUAGUUGAUGACUUUGUACAAUCAGGAAGUACACUAGUUGAAUGUCAGAAAGUACUAGCAGCUCAUGGAGCGGCAAAAAUCAGUGCCUAUGUAACACAUGGAAUCUUCCCAAAGAAAACAUGGCAGCGAUUUAAGUAUGAUGAUGGAGUCAAUGCACAUUCUGAAGCUCCCACCUUCUUCAGAAAUAAUACUGGAGCUCAUCAAGGUGAGGUGUUAGGUUUGAUGAACCCCUUAUCUAGCAACUCCUACAGCUGGCUCUUGAACUCCUGCAACUCUUUAACUGACAUUUUAUACGGUUCCUUGGAUAUUGACUCAGAACCCGGUAAGAGCUCAAUAGUGAAAUCAAUCUCUCAAACUGGUGGUAACCCUGGUAAAUCAUCAAGAAAGACUUUUAUAUAUUCUCUUACCACCGGAGUAUCACCCAAAAACUGUACUUCCUUGGAAGUAUCCAUUACUUGA